AACUUGGCCACAGCUGUCAACAACGUAAGCAGGCAAAAAACGAGACUGAUUUUUCAUUCCUCAGCACUAUAUCCCGACAUUGUAUUUUGAUAGAUUCACUAGCAAGUCACCAAACAUGUCUUCUAUAACACUACUUGGCACCCACGCUUCCUCCUUAUCACUCUCUACCUUAUCAAAGCCAUUCUCAUCCCAUUUGGCGCCGACAUCUGUCACCCUUCCCCUUCCUAGUAGGUUCCCCAAAAACUCCAACCCAGCUGUCGCUGUAUCCCCUUCCGGCCAUAUCUUCCUUUACAAUUCAGAAUCCUCCUUUGUUUGGGAAUACGACUCCAAAGGCAGGCGGAUAAGUGAGAUCACUCUCGGAAAAGGGGAAAAGGUCAGGCGCGUAGCAUGCUGGGAAGAUAGAGUUGUGCUAUCCAUAGGGAAGAAGGUGAGGGUUAUGGUGAAGGAAUGUGAAGGGAAGGUCGGCAAAUGGCACUGUUCCAAAGAGCUCGAAGGGCCGAGAAGUAAUGUUAGCGCGCUAUGUACCGACGGGAAUCUCCUUGCCGUGGGGUCUGAAGCUGGGGAGCUGGUAGUCUUUGAAAUAAACACUGGCUCAAUGGUCAGUCUUCCUCUGAAUGAGGACUUUUCAGGUCCAAUAUCUUCAUCCAUAACAUUUUCUCCAUCGCUUCCCAAUACUCUCAUAGUCCCAUCUUCCACCACCCCCACACUUUUGCGUAUCACUUUCCCAGUACCAUUGGAUGCUUCCUCACCUCAAUUCCAGUUCAUACGUCCAUUCACGCCUUCAAUUGAUGCCCCUAUCGCAAAUGUCGCUUUCAGUCCUGUGACAAUAACAUCCAGCGGAGAGAAGAAAGGUGGAUUGUGUGGCCUAGUGGCUGAUGGAGAAGUCGUGCUCGUUGGUUUAGAUAGGGAGAAGCCUGGAUUAGGCAAAAAGGUCGAGUUUGGAUGCAAAGUGGAUGCCCUUGGCUUUUUAGAUGGUGCGUCGCUCGCGGCUAGAAAAGGCUCAGGAUCCCUACUGAUCAAGGAUCUACGUGCUCUUGAUAAAGCUCCUGUUGAAAUGGGUUUGAAAGAUCCUAUUCUUAAUGCCCAGGUGAUGCCAGCCGGGCCUCGAGUCCCUCGUCCUCGAGUAUCAGUGGCAAGCACAACCUCAACUAGUCAUCGAUCUACCCUGGGUGAAGUGAAUAACAACCUUCCGGCCCAUCAAGAUAUUCACGAUGUGAAGGGGAAAGGCAAAGCGCCCCUCCGUCCGACAAACGAAGAGGGACCUCAGCUGCGAACGGUUUCGACGAGCGCGGUAGAGGAUAGUAAAAGGACAGGAAGAAGAGAAGAGAGGAAAGCGAGGAGAUCGAUUUCUGGGCCUAUGUCGACUGCAAAUCAGCCCGUGGAGAGGCGGGUCCGACAUUCAGAUAUGGGCUCAAAACCAAGAAUGAUUGAAGCAAUCCAGGAGGAGGAGCCGGAACAAAGCGAAAACGCAGCUGGACCUUCUAGUAGUCGCCAAGGACAGCCAUCUUCAUCUUCUUCACAACCCGAGCCGCAAGAAGACCGAUACAAAGAAGAGCCAAGUAUUGAUCUCACGUGGGCUCUACGGCCCUCUGCACCCCGCACACAGCUUCCUACAAUGCCGAUAGAAAAGGACAUGACUGACAAGGAAAAGAUAGCAGAGCUUCGUAGGGAGAUUGGGAAUCUGCAGUUGGACAUAUUACGGAUGGGCCGAACGUUUAGGAACGAAAUCCGGCAGGCUGUACAGCCACUUGCGGAAGAGAUACGUCGGAACAAGGAAAUCAUUGAAGAACAAAGGCUAGAGAUUGCGAGGUUACGAGCCCCACGUUGAUUGUGUUUAGGAUUCACGGUAUCGAUUACACUCGAUGCAUUAUGUAUAUAGUGAUACAGAAUACAG